GGCGGGAGGCGAGCCAUGGCCGAGGCGGCCGCCCUGAUGGGCCAGAGGAUCGUCUGGGUGGACCUGGAGAUGACCGGCCUCGACAUUGAAAAGGACCAGAUCCUGGAGAUGGCUUGCCUCAUCACAGAUUCAGGGCUGAACAUCCUGGCCGAAGGUCCUAACCUAAUCAUUAACCAGCCCGAUGAGUUGCUUGGCGGCAUGUCAGACUGGUGCAAAGACCAUCACGGGAAGUCCGGUCUUACCAAGGCAGUGAAAGAGAGCACGAUCUCCCUGCGCCAAGCAGAGUACGAGUUUCUGUCUUUCAUCCGACAACAGACUCCACCAGGGCUCUGCCCUCUUGCAGGAAACUCUGUUCAUGCUGACAAGAAGUUUCUGGACAAACACAUGCCGCAGUUCAUGAAGCAUCUCCACUACCGGAUCAUUGACGUCAGCACCUUGAAGGAACUCUGCAGGCGCUGGUAUCCUGAGGACUACGAGAUUGCUCCCAAGAAGUCUGCUUCUCAUAGAGCCCUGGAUGACAUCCGGGAGAGCAUCAAAGAGCUGCAGUUCUACAGAAAUAACAUCUUUAAAAGGAAAACAGACGAAAAGAAAAGAAAACUGGUGGAAAACGGGGAAAGUGAACAGUCUAUUAGUUGAUCCUGCGUCCUGAUCCUUUAGGAAAACCUCCAGAGCCCAGGGCAGUCUUCCUGCUGAAGAGAAGAAGAACCUUUCAGCUCCGUUGCUGUCUCAAGAGGGUGAUGUGACAGGAUCCCAGAUGGGACAGGCGUUCAAGGCCUGCCCCUGACACUCGGUGCUUGUUCAGUUCAGAAGUACAGAAUACCUUCUUUCCUUGGAGAAUUGCUUUCAUUUGCCCCAAGCCCCCUCAUUUGUUUCAGAAUUAAAAUCAACCUCACUGCAAAA